AUGGAUGACUGGCCCCUCGGACUUGACAAGAAUGCCAUGAGCAAGCUAUAUCGCCAGCGCACGAACCUGCUUUCACGCAUGAACGACGUAAAAAGGAGUUAUUGGGCCGACAUUACCAUCGACAUUUACAACCCCAAUCUGUACCCGACGGCAUACUCAAACAUCUCGAAUGAAACCGCACCCGUCGGAACGAUUGGCUUGGGCGAUGAGCUUAGUUACGACCAUACCAAUCCUAACUACAUUUACAGCAUCACCGACCAAAUGACGUCGGAAAACUUCAUCGCCAAUAGCUCUUGGUACAUGCAUUUGGGAAGCGUCGCAUUGGGCCAGACAGGGUCGCUGAUAUUGGGGGGCUAUGAAGAAAACCGUAUUCUAGGAGACGUGGGGACGUUUCACCUAGAUUCCACUCUCCCUCGGGUGAUACUUGUGGAUGUACUUCUCGACUUCGAAGCAGGACCAUCGCCAUACAACACAACCGUCGGAAGCGUAUGGCAAAGCGAAAGUCUCCCUGCCGCCGUACAAAGUAUGGCCAACAAAUACGGUGGCCCUGCGGGGUCUGCCUUGGUCCUGCCAAAUGCGGCCGCCCCUUACUUGUAUCUUCCUCCGGAAGUUUGUGAGGCUGCUGCUUCUCACCUACCCGUCCGCUGGGUGCCGGAAAUCGGAUUGUAUGUGUGGGAGUUUCACUCAGAUCCGGUCGGCACCACGCGCUUCGUCAACUCUCCGGCCUCCAUGGCCUUCGUGUUCACAGACGAAAAUUCCCGAAACAUCACUAUAAAGAUUCCUUUCAGGCUAUUGAAUCUCACAAUAGAUCGUAUGCCCGCCAGAGAGAACUAUGUGAACUGGGGGGUGGAUACUUAUUGGCCUUGCAAACCAUGGACUGAAUCGGACAUCGUGGCUUCCUCAUCACUGAACCGAUAUACGUUGGGUCGAGCUUUCCUGCAAGGUGCUUUUACCGGUUUCAACUAUGACCGAGAGCGAUUUUUCAUGGCACAAGCACCCGGACCAGGAAUGUCAGAACAGCUCAUUGUUCCGGAUAACUCCCAAGACUUACGGUCGAGACCUGCGGAUACCUUUGUCGAUACCUGGCGGGAAUAUUGGACGGAGCUUGAAGUAGCAGCCGGAGGGACUGGCGGUACUGGAGGAACACCAGGCACGACACCCGAGGCCACCGGCGACAAUUCCACUCCCACAAGCGGCUUAGGAACGGGCGCAAUAGCAGGCAUCGCGGUCGCGGCGGGAUGUGGCUUGGUCGCGUUAGUGGCCUUGCUAUGGUUCUUCUGCUGGCGGGCUCGGAGAAGGAGGAAUUCCGACGAAGAACACAAAAACGAAAAUGGAAGCGGGCGUGGUUUACAUGAUGCAGAUAUCUUCACUGGUGGCAAGGCUGAAAUGGAUGGAAAAGGGGUGCCAAUAUCAGAACUAGAGCACCAUGAUCGGAAGUCCGCUUUAGGCGAGCAACAACCUCAAGAGUUACCGUCGCCUUUCAAUUCGCCGAUGAAUAGCAGCCCUGGUUUCAGCGACUUGGUUUUCGAGUUACCUGACGGCAACUGGGGUCGUCAUGAGAAGGGAGAGAAGGGAGAUAUGUCAGAGAAGAGAGACGGAGACAAGAGAGCAGAGUAA